AGAAGCCUGGUCCCUAGGUCAGGGUCCGGGUCAGUGUCAGGGUCCAGGUGCAGGUCCGGGUCAGGGUCAGGGCCCAGGUCGGGGCCCGGGUCCAGGUCAGGGUCUGGGUGCAGGUCCGGGUCAGGGUCCGGGUCCGGGUCCAGGUCAGGUUCUGGGUGCAGGUCCGGGUCCGGGCCCGGGUCCAGGUCAGGGUCUGGGUGCAGGUCCGGGUCCAGGCCCGGGUCCGGGUCCAGGUCAGGGUCUGGGUGCAGGUCCGGGUCCAGGCCCGGGUCAGGGCCCGGGCCCGGGUCCAAGUCAGGUUCUGGGUGCAGGUCCGGGUCCGGGCCCGGGUCCAGGUCAGGGUCUGGGUCAGGGACUAGGUCAGGGUCUCGGCCCAGGUCCAGGUCAGGGUGCGGGUCCAGGUCAGGGUCAGGGUCCGGGUCCGGGUCCGGGUCAGCGUCAGGGUCUGGGUCCGGGUCCAGGUCAGGAUCCAGGUCAGUGUCAGGGACCAGGUCCGGGUCCGGGUCCAGGUCCAGGUCUGGGUCCCGGUCAGGGACUAGGUCAGGGUCUCGGCCCGGGUCCAGGUCCGGGUCCAGGUCCAGGUCAGGGUCUGGGGGCGGGUCCGGGCCCGGGUCCAGGUCAGGGUCUGGGUGCAGGUCCGGGUCCGGGCCCGGGUCCGGGUCCAGGUCAGGGUCUGGGUGCAGGUCCGGGUCCAGGCCCGGGUCAGGGCCCGGGCCCGGGUCCAGGUCAGGUUCUGGGUGCAGGUCCGGGUCCGGACCCGGGUCCAGGUCAGGGUCUGGGUCAGGGACUAGGUCAGGGUCUCGGCCCGGGUCCAGGUCAGGGUGCAGGUCCAGGUCAGGGUCAGGGUCCGGGUCCGGGUCCGGGUCAGCGUCAGGGUCUGGGUCCGGGUCCAGGUCAGGAUCCAGGUCAGUGUCAGGGACCAGGUCCGGGUCCGGGUCCAGGUCCAGGUCUGGGUCCCGGUCAGGGACUAGGUCAGGGUCUCGGCCCGGGUCCAGGUCCGGGUCCGGGUCCGGGUCCGGGUCUGGGGGCAGGUCCGGGUCCGGGCCCGGGCCCGGGUCCGGGUCUGGGGGCAGGGUCUGGGGGCAGGUCCGGGUCCGGGCCCGGGCCCGGGUCAGGGUCUGGGGGCAGGUCCGGGUCCGGGCCCGGGCCCGGGUCAGGGUCUGGGUGCAGGUCCGGGUCCGGGCCCGGGCCCGGGUCAGGGUCUGGGUGCAGGUCCGGGUCCGGGCCCGGGUCCGGGUCAGGGUCUGGGUGCAGGUCCGGGUCCGGGUCAGGGUCUGGGUGCAGGUCCGGGUCCGGGCCCGGGUCCGGGUCAGGGUCUGGGUGCAGGUCCGGGUCAGGGUCUGGGUGCAGGUCCGGGUCCGGGUCCGGGCCCGGGUCCGGGUCAGGGUCUGGGUGCAGGUCCGGGUCCGGGUCCGGGCCCGGGUCCAGGUCAGGUUCCGGGCCAGGGCCGGGCCGGGCAGCCCUCAGGAUGAGCACCCGCCCCUGCCCCACCUGCCCAGUUCCUCCUCAACCCCGGCCCUGCCGAGGUGA